UACGUCAACGACGGUACAGCAGUGCGUUGCAAAGAACAGACGCCCACGGGUAUAUAUUUACUUACUUAACUAUACUCUUAGCCGAUCCGCGGUAUCAUAAUAAAUACUACCUACUAAUAAUAAUAAAAAUAUUUUCAACACGAAUUUUCUGUACGUUAAAUUCGCCGUUAUCGACUAUCGCGAUUUAUUUUAUUUAUUCAUCUAUAUAGAACGACAUCCUUCCAUUUAGUUCCGACACUGGUUUGUACACCAUCACCUAUAUCGUCAGCUGCAGCGGUCACGCACCAUCGUCAGCAUUUAAAAUAUAGGUAUAGGUACCUACAUCGGCGAUUACCACAUCGACAUAAAUCGUCUUCGUUAUGUACUCGUCGAAACCCGUGACCCAUGCCAGACGGAUGCUUUUGUAUCGGGCCCUUCAGUGCCGACGGAAGAGGUCAUCGGCGGUGGCAGCGACAUCGAACGUAAAGGUCGUAAACGACGUGCGCCACGUCCGGGGCGAGUACGGCUGCGUGACUGAAGCCGACGUCCGUCACUUCCGGUCGCUGCUGGGCGAACCGAACGUGCUGACCGGCGCCGAAAACGUCGGGCCGUACAACGUGGACUACAUGAAACAAGCGUCGGGCGAUAGCGGACUGGUGUUAAGACCGAAAACCGCAGAAGACGUGUCGGACAUACUGAAGUACUGUAACGACAGGAGCAUUGCGGUGUGCCCACAGGCGGGCAACACGAGCGUGUCGAGCGGUAGCGUGGCGCUAUUCGACGAGGUGGUCUUAUCCACGGAGCGGAUGAACAAUAUAAUUAAUUUCGAUCCCGUGUCCGGGGUGUUGGUUUGCGAGGCGGGAUGCGUGCUCGAGUCGUUGAUGAAGUACGUGGAUGGUCACGGGUACAUGAUGCCGUUGGACUUGGGGUCGAAGGGCAGUUGUCAGAUCGGCGGCAACGUGUCGACCAACGCCGGCGGCAUACGCGUCAUACGUUACGGCACGCUGCAGGGGUGCGUCUUGGGCCUAGAAGCCGUUACCGCAGAUGGUACGAUUUUAGACUGUUUAAAUACAUUGCGAAAAGACAACACGGGAUACCAUUUGAAGCAUUUAUUCAUUGGUUCAGAAGGCACGUUGGGCAUUGUCACCAAAGUGGCGAUAUUGUGCCCAAAUCUCCCGAAGCACGUAAACGUAGCAUUUAUCGGAUUGGACAGUUACGAUAAAGUUCUCAAAUUGUUUUCCAUUGCUCGUGCCGAGUUCGGAGAAACCCUAUCGUCAUUCGAACUACUGGACAACACGGCUGUGACGUACGUGGAAAGUAAACUUCAUCUCUCGUGUCCGAUCACCAAUGUCCAUCCGUUCUAUGUACUCAUCGAACUCGCUUCAAGUCAACCGAAUGUCGGCCAACACAUGGAAAAUGUCCUAGAAAAAGCUCUCGGUGACUCGGUGAUCUCCGAUGCGACAACGACCGAUCAGAUGUCCAGCAUACAAAAAAUAUGGAAAGUUCGUGAAACAGUAAUUGAAGCAUUAUUAAAGUUAGGCUACGUGUACAGCUUCGAUAUAUCGUUACCUCUGAACCGAUUUUAUGAAAUUGUUGAGCUAACCCGGGAAAAACUUAAAGACGUUGCAGAUGUCAAAACCGUUUGUGGAUUUGGUCACAUAGGUGACGGUAAUUUGCAUCUAAACGUGGUAACAUCACAAAGAAAUGAAGAACUGGCUCGCAUGAUCGAGCCGUUCAUUUACAAGUGGACGUCCAAGUGCCGCGGAAGUGUCAGCGCCGAGCACGGGAUCGGUUUGGCAAAAACGCAAUUCCUGGAGCAAACGAAGAGUAAGUCGGCCAUCGACCUUAUGCGGAGUCUGAAAAAUUCCAUGGACCCAAAGUGUAUACUGAACCCUUACAAAGUGAUCCCGGCCGUGGCGGCCAGCGAUCAGUAAUCCGGGAUUUGAAAAAAAACCAAUAUUUAUAAUAUAGCUUAUACGUCGAAUGUGGUAAUAAACUUUGGUACGUACCUUA